AUGGCGGCCCAGAUGAUUCGACGCCCUGCGACAGGGGCGCUGCAAUUGACAAGAAAUUCGCUUGUUACGACUCGGGACUUCACAUCGACAUGCUGCAAUGCUGAAGCAGACAAACCACAAAACGAGUCGUCUCCGAGACGGCCUGCCGCGAAUUCAGGUGACUUUUCCAGCCGCAGAGGAGCGGCCGUGCGACGAGUCCAGGACGUCUUCGACCGGACAUCGAACUCUCAGGAUGGAGCGGGAGAGCAGAGCCCUCGAUUUACGCCUAAUAGACAAGGAUUCAAUACCCGAUCUUUUCGACCAAACGGCCCCCCGGGCACCGGAAACAGACCUGGCGGACCAAUGCUAUCAAUGAACAGCGAUCAACUGAAGGAGAGACUCAGACAAAGAGCAAACACAUGGAAUAGGGGAAGCGGCGGACGAGGGCCAGCUAUGCCUGGUGCUUCCCGGUUUGCUCGGAACGACAAAAGACAAGGACCCCGUGAUAAACGUCGGCAGCGCAGGGGUGCCAAGGAAGACAAAAAUGAGCCAGAGCUUGAGAUAGAUGGUGAGAUUAUGGCCUACCAGGAGGAACUCAUGGCCAAGGAAAAACGGAAACCUGUCCGUUACAACCCAAAGCCGUAUAGCGUCGAGAGACUAAAGGAGACAUGGCCGGCUUUGGCUGCAGGUGGGGUCUCGAGUACCAGCACCGUCCAUGAGAAGUUAUCAUGGUUUGGUGAAUCAUAUGUUGGAUGCACUGAUCUGCCCGAAGACCUAGCCAAGAGAGUCUACGAGGGUAAACGAGUGCUGUUCUCUAGUGAGACGCAGAAAGCUGAAACCAUGGAAUUUGUUAAAAAGCUGGCCAGCGAGCAUGCCGAGAAGCUCAGCCAAAGGAAAGGCGAGACUGUCGAGCCAGCUAACGUCGAGUUCGAAAACGUGAGCGAGAAGGAAAAAUCAGAUAUGAUCGCCUCCUUGGUCCGAGGAGCAUACGACAAACCAGUCAAGCUCGACACCAAUUCGUCUCCUAUCCUCGAGAAUGUUUUGAGAGUACUGUCAAACAACCACACCUAUCAUACCGCGCACACUCAGAAGUUUAUGGAUAAACUCGUGCAGAAUCUCCCUCUCAAGAAGGCAAAGGCUGCUAAGGCUAACGCUCCUUAG